GCCCCCAGGCCCGCCCUGAGCAGGGCGCCGGGACGCGCCGCUCCGUCCCCCGCAGCCGGUCCUGGACUCCGCUUCCCCCGGGGCUUCCUUCCUCCAAACGGGGCCCUGCCAGGACGGGAGGAAAGGGGCUCCGGUUCUGGUUUUGUGACUUUGCCCAGUUCGAGCACUUAAAAGUUCCAGUAUGGCUGUAAACGGGUCCCUCUCUUUAGAACAGCUGAUGACAGCGCCCCUAACUUGCAGCAUUGGCAUCAACUAAAGUUAGAAUUCCCAGGAACUUGAACAGAGGCUUCCAAAUUCCCGGUAAUUGCCACUCUAGCAACUAACUCCAAAGAAGGAAGGAAAGAUUCCAGCAGUGCUUCCGCAUUCUCAUUCAAAACCUUCUUCCUGCUGAGUCUGCAGAUAGUAGACCAGAGACCCAGAGCUUCUGGCCCUACCGAUGGAAACUCAGGCUGAUUGCGUAUCUCAGGAACCUCAGCCCCUGCUUGAGAGUGCUCUUCCUUCCUCAAAAGUUCCUGCGUAUUCUGACAAGGACAGCCUGGGGGAUGAGAUGUUGGCAGCUGCACUGCUAAAGGCCAAGUCCCAGGAGCUGGUGACAUUUGAGGAUGUAGCUGUGUACUUCAUCCGAAAGGAGUGGAAGCGUUUGGAGCCUGCUCAGAGGGACCUCUAUAGGGAUGUGAUGCUGGAGAAUUAUGGAAAUGUGUUCUCGCUGGAUGGUGAGACCAGAACUGAGCACGAUCAAGAAAUUUCUGAAGAUACAGGAUCACAUGGGGUGCUGUUGGGAAGAUUCCAAAAGGAUAUUUCUCAGGGUCUUAAGUUUGAAGAAGCCUAUGAACAAAAAGUCAGUCUAAAGAGGCAAAUGGGGAACUCCUCUGGAGAAAGAUUGAAUAGGAAGAUAGAAGAUUUUGGUCAAGUGACAGUUGAGGAAAAGCUAAGCCCUGCAGGAGAGAGAAGUGAGAAAUAUAAUGAUUUUGGGAACAGCUUCACUGUGAGUCCUAACCUCAUUUCGCAUCAGAGACUUCCUAUGGGAGACAGACCCCAUAAGUGUGAUGAAUGUAGCAAGAGCUUUAAUAGAACUUCAGACCUUAUUCAACAUCAGAGAAUCCACACGGGGGAGAAACCCUACGAAUGUAGUGAGUGUGGGAAGGCCUUCAGCCAGAGCUCACACCUUAUUCAGCAUCAGAGAAUCCACACCGGAGAGAAACCUUACGAAUGUAAUGAUUGUGGGAAGACCUUUAGUUGUAGCUCUGCCCUCAUUCUGCAUCGGAGGAUCCAUACCGGGGAGAAGCCCUAUGAAUGUAACGAAUGCGGGAAAACCUUUAGCUGGAGCUCUACCCUCACUCAUCAUCAGAGAAUCCACACUGGAGAGAAACCGUAUGCUUGCAAUGAAUGCGGGAAGGCUUUUAGCAGGAGCUCCACCCUCAUCCAUCACCAGAGAAUCCACACUGGAGAGAAGCCCUAUGAAUGUAACGAGUGUGGGAAGGCCUUCAGCCAGAGCUCACACCUCUAUCAGCACCAGAGAAUCCACACUGGAGAGAAGCCCUAUGAAUGUAUGGAAUGUGGAGGAAAGUUUACCUAUAGUUCAGGCCUUAUUCAGCAUCAAAGAAUCCACACAGGGGAGAAUCCCUAUGAAUGUAGUGAGUGUGGGAAAGCCUUUAGGUAUAGCUCAGCCCUUGUUCGCCAUCAGAGAAUUCACACUGGAGAGAAGCCUUUGAAUGUGAUGGGAAUGAGCAAAAAUUCUCUCAGAGUUACUGCUGAAUUAAAUAUCCGAGAGUCUACAUGAAAGACAGCCACACACCUGUUUUCCUCACUUCCUCUGAGUCUAAAGAGCUCCUGCCUUACUAUAUGAGUAUGAAUAACUUAGAAUGUAUCCCUUCCGACUCAACCCUUUCACUUUAGAGAAUGGGGCAAAUUGGGCAAAUCCUCCUGGCACAGUGAUGAAGCUACCUAGUCUGUUUCCCCAAGAAUGACACCAGGUGGCGAGCGGCAGGUUAAGUGCUGCGAAUGAGAGGGAGGCUCUGGGACUUAUCACCUUCCAUUCUGGAAGGGAGUUUGCACUAGACCAUUUCUUUCACACCAGAGGAGCCUUUCUUUCCAAGGUGGGGAAUGGAAGCACAGUAGGAAUAAAAUUCCAAGGAUUCCUGUAGUCGGAGUCAGUAUAGUCAGCACAGAAGGCAGUGGAAAGAAUGUUCUGAGUCCUAUUUGAUAAGAAGGGGAAAUGGAGGCUGUAUUUCAAAGCCACUGUUCCUAAUCCAGCUUUAAGUUUUGAUAAGGAAUGUGCUAUUUUUUUGUUGUCUCAUGACUUCAUUAAUUAUGGAAAAACUUGGUGCUGAGGGAUGUGUUAUUUUAUUGGGGGGGGGGGAACCCCAAGAGGUUUUCUGUGGUAACUAUUUUGCAGGGCUCUUGGAGCAGCAAGCCCAGGUUUCCAAGAGCAGCAAGGCAGGCAGUUUUGUUGGAGAACUCCUUGUACUUCCCCCCUGUGAUAGAUAUGGCUGCGAAAUCCAUCUGAAUACCAGUAAGUCUAACAGAGAGGAGCAGAAGCGUUUGGCAUUGGCCUGGUUUCCCUCCUGCUCUCUCCCUGUUCCUCUCCCCACUCCUGUGUUGGAAAGCGAUUUAAUCCAAACCCCCAGUUACUAGGAAUGCUUUUAUGGAGCUCACUCAGCCAGCUUGCCCUGCCCUCUGUCCCCUGUGACCUAUGACACCUGGCCCCAGCAGCCAGAUCCCUCCUGACCCCACUUCUGACUUCAGCAGCCAAGUAUGAAUGCAAAGAAAAAGCAAAGCCCAGAGAAGGGAGUCUCUGGCCUGACGGCCGCGUUGCUGGGUUAGGAUGGAGCUCCCGAGUUUCCCAGCUGAAGGGAUGAUCUUUGGUUCUGUCUUCCCAAUCCUGCUCAUCCUGUAGCAUAAAUGAAGUGCACUAUUAAACAGAAUAGUUUCUUAGAAGGAGAGAUUGAGUGUGUUUUUGUGCAGGAGCACAAAUUUAUUUCAGUUAAAAUAGGAAACAGUGACUAUAAAUGGAAUCUUUAAAGAUGAAUCUUUAAAAUUUUUUACAGACAACUAUUUUUCUUUCAGUCACAAACACAUGACCUCUUUAUCUCAAGACUCCAGGUACUGCCACAGACUCCCAUUUACACAGCUGCUCCCAUCUCAUACCCACACGUCGGAUUUUGUGUGCCGUGUGCUCUUAAGACCAGCAACCAAAACUGGAAAGGUGUUACCGGGUGUGGGGCCCCUGACAAGUGUGUACAUUGUUGGGUAGCAAUGGGCAUAUGUAGACUUCUUGUUUGGGCGCUUGGUGGGAGGGUGUUCCAGUCACAAGAAGGAAGGUUGAAAUGAAAGUCUUCUGCAAAAGAUGAGGAAGUGUCUGGAACUGGCCUCUAAAAAACUUGGGAGCACAUAUUGUGAUCACCUAAUAUAUUUUUAAUUUCUUAAAGCUAUAAUGAAACUCA